AUGCCAGCCAUAGGCGCACCCAAAGGGCACGUAGACUGCCUCCCUCCCCCAGACAACUUAUGCCCGACGUGCAGCCAACUCAACCUCUCAGCUGAGAAGUUCCUCCCAGGCCAGCCCAAGGCCAGCUCCCUCCCAGGCUUCCUCGCCCGUCCAAUCGACCCCGUCGGGCUACAACCGCGGGAGCUUGGCUACCUCGACGAGAUCUACCGGAGAAGAGACGAAUGUCCCUUGUGCUGGCUUCUCUUCAACGCAACGCACGCGACGAACGAAGAAGGCGCAGAUCGUUUCGAAUGGAGCCGCCCCAACGUCCGCCAGGCAAUCGGCUACGAUGGCCUCACGAGGGAUGGCGGCCGCGUCCGCUGCUCCGUCGAGUGGCAGCUCGACGGCCGUUUCUUGGAACCUUCUGCAGGGCCGAGAGACAUGACGCAUGCGCCGCCGACCCGCCGCUUGAAGGUCUUUAGCCCGGACGAAAUCUUCACCGAGGCUUACAUCAUGCUGCUGGCCACGGAACCUCACACGACGUGGGACAAGACCUUCCUGGCCCGGCGAAUUUCUCCUCACCAGGCCGACGUAAGUCUUCUCCGGCGCUGGCUCGACAUAUGUAGGACACAUCAUGGCAGCGGCUGUCAGCCCUCCCCACCGGAUGAAGUCUUCUCGCUACUCGAGAACCUCAAGUUCAUCGACUUGGACGAGGAGAAAAUCGUCACCAGCGCCCGUGGCGGUGUCCGAGUGACUGAGUACGCGACUCUGAGCUACGUAUGGGGUGGGACACAACCGCUUGUUCUGACGAAGGAGAAUGUAUUUGAGUACUCCUCAAAGGGAUCCCUCGGUCCCAACACGCCAGGUCUACCGAAUACCGUCCGCGAUGCCAUGAUGCUAGUCAAAGCGUUGGGCAUCAAGUAUAUCUGGGUCGACGCUCUCUGCAUCCUUCAAGACGACACGGAGGAGAAGUUCCGUGUCGUCCCGAUGAUGGACCGCGUAUACGGACACUCGAUUCUCACAAUCUGCGCCGCCGCCGGCAGCGGCUCUCACCACGGAAUCCCAGGAUCCCCAUCGACGCCCCGCGAGGCCCGGCAGCCGAAAGUCCGGUGCAACGGCAUCGACCUGGUGACCACCAAGACGGUCGAGGGGCUCGUCGAAAACACAAUGUGGAAUAGCAGGGCCUGGACGUUCCAGGAACGGAUGCUCUCCAAGCGGUCCAUGAUCUUUGUCGAGAAUCGCGUCUUCUUUCAGUGCCGCCACGCGACGUGGUCCGAAGAGGUCUUUUCCGAGGUGCUCACCCCGUCGUGGACCCUGGAAAUGAUACGGUCUCCUCUGAAAUCGUUUGAGAAGAACCCGGUCAGGCUGUACUUGGAGUGCGUCGAGCUCUUCAGCGGCAGGCUCAUGACGUUACAGAGCGAUCGGUUACCGGCCUUUGAGGGCAUGGCGGCCAUCCUUUCUCCCCCGCUCCGCGCCAACCUCUUUUACGGGAUGCCAGACUCCUAUUUCGACUUUGCGCUCUUGUGGGAGAAGAAGAUUUACGGCCUCAGGCUCGAAGACUUGGGUGGUCGAUCGCGAUAUCCCAGCUGGUCGUGGAGCGGCUGGCAUGGUGCGUCGACGUGGCGGCUGUCCAUGGUCUCUGGUAUUUUGUUGAAUCUUCACGAGUGGUUGAAGUCGCACACUUGGGUCGUAUGGUAUAAGAUGACACGAGAUGACCCCACGGGGAACCGUUCACUGGCAACUGGCAAGGCCAGCAAAAAGUCAACUUUCGAAGUCGUGUGGUCAUCGGGUGAAAUCCACCAUAAUCCAAAUCGAUGGCACGGAUACGCCAAAGCCUCUGCAGAAGACAUCCCUUUCGGUCGUCAGAUUAGCCAGAGCGAUGAAGAGCACCCAGAAGAGAUCGCACAUGCACCCAAACCAACCAUGCCCACCGCAACCAUUUUGCGAGAAGAUUACCUCUACUUCUGGACCUACACUGCCUUCUUUCAGCUCUCUAGAACAAGCCGCAGCAGCCCGUCCUUUGCCUCCAAGCUCGAGGCAGGCCUCCACCGCUUCGGCCUACUCGAUGCCCACGGCGACUGGUGCGGCACCGUGAUCCUCGAAGAUACAUGGUUCGCCCGCGUGGGCGACGUCGUCGAGCUCGCAGCCAUCUCGGACGCCCGGGACUUUUCAAUGGAGGAGCUGGAUAGCUGGAACUACUAUGUGCCCGAGGACCGCGAGGUGUCCGAGUGGCAUCUGUACUACGCGUUCGUCAUCACCUGGAACAAGGAUCGUAGCGUUGCUGAAAGGGCUGGGCUGGCGAAGGUUUAUCAGCGGGCGUUCGACGUGGCUUCUUUUCACCCGGGAAAGGCGUGGAAGGAGAUCACUCUCGGAUAG